AUGGGUCAAAACAAACAUACCGGUAAUUGCCUUCAAAUUCAAAUUGGCAGUAUGCUACUCAGACGAGCGGUUAAGGCUGGUGGUAGCCUUGGCGCCAACCUAGCGCGCAGCGUUAGCGCUGCCGUCCCUGAUGUGCCUCGCCGCCGCGUCUGCGUGGUCGGCUCGGGCCCCGGGGGCUUCUACGCCACCAAGUACCUUCUGAAGGAACACGCCGGUGUGCGUGUGGACAUGCUGGAGGCCUUGCCCACGCCGUUCGGCCUUGUUCGCUCAGGUGUGGCGCCAGACCAUCCAGAGGUGAAGAGUGUGAUGAGCGACUUUGAAAAGGUGGCGAAUAAUGAGCGGUUCCGGUUCCUGGGUAACGUGCGCGUGGGUGAGGACAUAUCUCUCGCCGAGCUGCAGCGGCAUUACCACGCUGUAGUGUUGGCGUACGGUGCUGCAGGCGACCGUAAGCUGGGCGUCCCGGGCGAGUCUCUGCGCGGUGUCAUGUCGUCACGUACCUUCGUGAACUGGUACAACGGACAUCCUGCCUUCCGCGACUUAGAACUGGACCUGGCGCACGCAGAAACAGCGGUCGUCAUCGGGCAGGGAAACGUGGCUGUUGAUUGCGCACGCAUCCUCUUAAAGAAUGUGGACCAGCUAGCGAGCACGGACAUUACUGCCCAUGCGAUGGAGGUGCUGCGCAACACUGGCAUCAAGAGGGUUUUCCUUGUGGGGCGACGUGGCAGUGCCCAGGCAGCGUUCACUAUGAAGGAGAUCCGAGAGUUAACCAAGCUGGAAGGUGUCGCCUGCAUUGUGGACCCUGAGGAUAUGAAGCGGAGUAUGACGAACGCAUCCGAGCAGGAGAUCAAGGAGCAACGUGCCCGCAAGCGUAUGAACGAAUUGCUCAUAAAGGCGGCGGACAACUUCGAAAGCGUUGGCGACGGCAAACGCAUUGUGCAGAUCAAGUUCUUGCGCUCACCGACGGAGAUUCUUGCGGAUGAGAAGGAUCCAACUCGAGUGGGAGCUCUUCGUGUUGAAAAGACAAGGCUAGAGGGCGAAGCGAACCAGCAGCGUGCUGUUGGCACUGGAGAGUUUGAGGAUAUUCCGUGCGACCUCGUGCUGCGCAGCGUCGGCUACAAGUCCCUGCCUAUUGAGACAGACGCUCCUUUCGACAACCAUCGUCACGUGGUAUCUAAUGACCAGGGACGCGUUGUCACAACGUCUAGCAACGGCGAGAAGCGUCCAGUGGUUGGGUUGUACUGCACUGGGUGGGUGAAGCGCGGCCCCUCAGGUAUCAUUGGCACCAAUAUCGUAGACGCACGUGAAACGGUUAGCUGUAUUGUUGAGGACCUCGCAGCGGGACAUUUCCUUCAUAGCGAUAAUAAUGCUGAUGAAGACUUGGGUGGACUGGAGGCUGUGACGCAGCUUGUUAAGAAGCGUAACCCGGACAAGCAGCUCGUUAGCUGGGCUGAGUACGAACGUCUCAACGCUGAGGAGAACCGCCGCGGCGAACUCGUCGGGAAGCCUCGCGAGAAGGUCACGUCAAUAACUGAAAUGCUGGAGAUCGCGAAGAGUGUUAACUGA